AUGAUGAUAAAGAAAGCUAGAGAGUUGCUUGAUGACAUUAGAAAUCAAGACUUGGGGCCCAAUGUUAUGACAUAUAAUAUGCUAAUUGAUGCACAAUUCAAUGUCAGAGCGAGGGGCUUCCCCAGACACUUCGACCUUUUAACUGCCGGAUUACUGGUUUGUGCAGACAAGGAAACAAGGAAAUGGCCAUGA